GGGAUCUAUAACUUCUAUCCUCCUACAUGGUUCUGCCUCGCACGUGGCUGUACAUAUGCUGAAGCUUCUCGUGCUGGACAACAGCGUGCCCUUGUCGGUGCGAUCUCCCUCCCCGUUGUCUACUUCACCCGGGACCAUGGGCCGGUUGCAGCAAUGUCUCACUCGGCCAGAUGUGGCAGCUGUGGCAUACGAUACUACCCAAACUACUAUGUCGAUGGUACCCAAUCCCGUGUAUACUACCAGGACAUCCCUCCCGCCAUCCAUGUUGCCACCCAUAUCUUUGUCGAGGUCGCUCUAUGCACCCGUUUUGCGAAUUCUGCCGCUUGUGCAUGUGCAAGAAUAUACAACCUCGAGCAUGCUGCGGCUCUGAAGCGGUUCCCGGCUGACUGGUCUAAUGAUCCAACCUUGACUUCUAUCUUGGUGGGCGAUGCAUUCUUCCUUCUUGGGUUGCUUCACGACAAAAAGGAGCGCAGCCAAGUCCUUGUGCUGAAUAAUCAGGGUGAACAAGCCUCACGCCUUGAUUCUGCACUUCAAGCCAGGACUGCUUCACUUGUUGGGCCUGGACGGGAGUCUUGGAACCACCUCUGUGAUAAAUGUUGUGUAACAAGAAAUGUCAAUGGACAGCAUGCGGUUAUGGAUGGGAUAUCUAUUGGACGACCAUGCUGCAACAUCCAUGACUGUCAAGAGCCACUACAGUCUCAGCGCGACCGCUAUUGUCAGCAGCACCAGGCUUACAACAAUGUCUGUGUUGUUGUUGGAUGUGACUCUCCCGCUACCACGGAUCAUCAAACAUGCCCUGAGCCAUCUCAUCGUGCUCUCGAGGACCCAUCUGGACGUUCAGCGCUCUUUGUACUGCGGCGGAGACUUGAGCGCCUUCGUGCAGCCUCACUUGAAGACAAUGGUGAAGGCAUUUCGGAGGAGCUUAUCGACAUCGAUGCGGAUGGUGAAUGCCCUUCAAAGUCAGACGAAGGCAACUCAAAACCCCGUGCAUGCUUUGGACGUAGGCGCACCCAUAACGAGCAACUCGUAGUCGCUACAUGUGGUGUACUUCUGGGGCGCGCAACUAUGUUUGGCUCAGAGGGUUUGAAUGGAACAAGGAAGCAUGUCAUAGCUAUCAACGACCACCACUUCGACCACUGCGCUAUGCCAGUCGAUCCCUUCCAUGCCAAGACAAAGCACAAGGACAGUGAUGCCUUCUGUGGGCAACACUGCAAUGCAGCCCUCUUUCCUGAUCUCCUCGUUGGCAACAAAUGGCGCUUCAACUCCUCUGCAGCUAAGAUGACGAAUGCAUGGUUUGGGGGUUUUCAGGCAAUAGUUCAGGAGAUGCGGGCUGCGCGGUAUGAUUUCUUUUUGGAUGAGAUGAUCAGAAUCCAGAAUGAGAUAAUUAUAGCUGACCUUCAUAAGGCAAAGGCCUUUCCAACUAAUGCACCCAGGGAGCUGCUAUUGAUGAUAUGA